AUGGCGGACGAGCGCUCCGGGUUACCUCGAGGUGCUAGCUUCCCGUCUGAGCAGUUUUCCGCUAAGUACUCCACUAGCGCCUCCUCCAUCUCAGGCGUGCAGCUCGUGUACGCUGCGCGCGCACUACCUCUGGUCUUGACGUCGGGUGUCCCAAGCUCAGCAAUCUUGCGGGCUGUAGUGGCCGGAAUGCCGUUGCAGUCCGUCCCUAGGGCCCAGUCUCUUACACUCGUGUACGCGUCUAGCACCCGCGUUCAGGCGGCAAGUCCGAGCUUCGGCUCGCUUGGCAUCGUGGCCCACUCGACGGAGCCCAACGGGACCUACGACGCGCUGGUAAUCUUGUCAGAUGGCCAAUUACAUGACCUCAAAGGAAAAACCCUGUUCAACCUGCUGAGACUUAAAGUAGAUGUGUCUAUCGAUAAGCGAGGAUUCGCUAUCAAUGCGUCGGAGCAUUCGCCUGGAGCCAAACACGACAUUUCAAAGUUUAAGGACUGCAAAGUAUUUCACUUGGCAAAACUGGUCAAUCCUUCUGAUGACGACUCUCCUCUAGAUGAUGGCCCGUUGCGUGAAAAAAAUCCGAACGAGUGGUCUCUUCUGGCCUAUAAAGGCUACUAA